CUACUGCAAAUUACAUAUAUAGAGAGAGAGAGAGGGAGAGAGAAAUAGACACCUCGGAGGACUAUUCUGAUCUUGCGUGUAAGCUGACCCUAUUCCCUGAGGUAGCUCGAAGCUGCAGAGAUUAAUCGGAGCAUUCGGGUUCAAAGGUCUCGGCAUACACAAGUCACAUUAAGGAAGGUACAGAAAUCUGGUGGCCAAUGACGAGCUUUUUGCAACAGUUUUAUCAGUGGGAGAUUCAGUUGCUUUUACUUGCCAGCUUCACACUUCAAGUAUUCCUACUCUUUUCGGGUCGUCUGAGGCAGCGCAGUACCAACACCAUCCUCAGGUUAUCAAUUUGGUUGGCAUAUUUGGGAGCAGACUUUGUAGCUGUUUAUGCCCUAGGUUAUCUAUCACGACACAAGCAGGAUGGUCCCACUGGAAGACAGUCAUCAAUGGACAGAAGCUUAUCCGAGCCACUAGCUUUUUUCUGGGCACCUUUCCUGCUCAUCCAUCUAGGCGGGCAAGACACUAUAACUGCUUUUGCUCUUGAGGACAACAACCUCUGGUUGAGACAUUUGUUGAAUCUGAUCAUCCAAGUGUUUCUUGCCUUAUAUGUAUUCUGGAAGUCUAUUGAUGGGCACAAUGUACAACUUAUUGUUCCUGGUAUCCUUUUGUUCAUCUCUGGGAUUCUCAAAUAUGGCGAGAGGACACAGGCCCUCAUGUAUGGGAACCUAAAAGGAACCAGAAGCACCAUCACUGGAAAGGAGGAGAAGAAAGCUACUGCUGCCUGUUCUAGUAUUUUAAGUUUUGCAGUGCAUGUGGCUCCAGGUAUCCGACAGCUGUUAGAGGGAUGCACGGUGGACCAAAUAUCAGGUCCUUCCCCGCAAGCCCAUGGGAAGUUCAGUGAGUCCCAGAUGCUAAGAUUGGUUAAUGUUGAGCUUGGCAUUCUCUAUGACGAUCUCUACACCAAGGCUGCAGUGCUUCGGACAAGGACGGGUGUUAUACUAAGGUGUGUCUCCCUGGUAUCUGCUAUGGCUUCUGCUGCGCUCUUCGCCAUUGUUAGCAAACAAGGAUACAGCAGGGUUGAUGUUGCCAUCACAUAUACAUUGUUCGCCGGUGGCUUGUUUCUUGAUGUCUGUGCCAUGCUUUUGAUGAUCAUGGCGUCACCUUGGGCAUGGACAUGGUUGGAAGCCCAAAAGCAAGGGCAGUGCCAUUGGGUCAUCGCCGGCUUGCUCCAUCUUCUUCCCCAUGGCACUGAUGCAGAGAACAAGAAGUCAAUGUGGUCCAACCGCAUGGGGCAGUACAGCUUGGCCAGUUAUAUGGGCUGUGAUGAUAACCCGACCAAUCUGUCCGGACGAGUGAUGCAAGUGGUCAGGAAGGUGGCCAAGCGAGCAGGCGCUGGAGAAGAGAAGCUGUUUUGGCUGAGCAAGCUAUUGGACAGAGGCGAUGCAGAGGUGGACAAGGAAAUAAUAGAGUGCUUCUCAAUGAAUAGGUUUGACAUACCUACGCCGUUGAUGGGCACUUCAGGAAUUCCUGAAGCAGAGCGGCAUUAUAGCCGAAAAUGGCCAUACCUUGAACACCUGAUUAGAGGAAUCCUCACAGCCUGUGGCUGGGAUAUGAGCUCUAUCAUUGUCCGGUUCCAUAUUUUCACCGAGGCACAUCUUGGCAAAAUUUCUCCUGAUAGCAUGGCCAGGAUGGACCCAGAAGCACCAGCAUUGGCCCGCGCCUGCCGGAAGCUAUCAAGGUAUAUGCUCUACCUCCUAGUUACCCACCCACCAUCCAUGUUGCAGGUCAGUGGCAGCGCCGAAGCUUUGCUUGCGUCCUACGUUAACAAGAUUUCCGGCUACACAGACAAAGCGGACAUGCUCCGUAGGGCCAUGCUUGGAAUGACACAUUGGUGGGGCCGGAAUCCCAGUCUGGACCCUACACCAUGCAAGGAGACAUUGGAGGAGAUACGGGACCUUUGGGUGUGGCUCGUUAUUUACACCGCUGGCAGAUCGCGACCGGAGAUGCACGCGGCGAACCUGGCAAGCGGAGGGGACCUUCUCGCCUUUGUUUGGCUGCUCCUGGUGCAUAAAAAUCGUGGUGAUCUUAUGCUCAACAGGAUAGAGUUCUCCAAUGUAUCUCCCGAUCCUCGGGUUGCUCCAACGACUGGACUGUAUGCCAUUUAUUUCAAAAGUUGAUUCCCAUACAUGGUGCUUGGACGCAGCAAAUGUAAAUCGGUAUAUUUUUUGUUUGGAAACUCGGAUUAAGCAUGCGAAAAGUACACUAGCAGUAUACAAGUCUAAUUAUAGAGUCCUUUAAUUCCUAUAUAUUGUAUUAUUGAAUCAUGUAACCCAUGUAGUACACUACUUCAUUGGUGUGUUAUUACUC